AUGGUUACGGGUUGCAGGCAGCUGGCUCAUCACAGUCGCCCACCUGACACGAAGGCUACCCUCACCCCCUGCCUGCUGUGCCAGGGCUUUGUGGUGCCAACCGCGGCCGCUCCAACUGAAAUCCACCAGGCUGGCUACUGCUCCUUCUAUGGGGAAUGCGGCAGGAACCCUGAAAUCACCAGCAGCCUCCUCCUGUCCAAUGUGCCCUGCGUUUCCAACACUCCAGCCCAGUUGGUUUCGGGCUCCCAUCUCAGCCUCCUUGCCUCUGUCUGCCCGAUGCUGUUCACGGGGGCCGGGAGCACCUACGCCUGCUGUUCGGAGGACCAGUUGCACGCUUUGCAGGCCAGCCUUGCCCUCUCGCAGGCCAUCCUCACCCGCUGCCCAGCCUGCUCGGAGAACUUUGCUGGCAUCCACUGCCAGAACAUCUGCAGUCCAGACCAGAGCCUCUUCACCAAUGUGACCCGUUACUUCAACCGCACAGGCUCGCAGGGCACCCAGGAAGUGGGCGUCUUGGAGUACCAGUGCUACUACCGCCAGCGCUUUGCGGACGAGCUGUUUGAUUCCUGCAAGGGAGUCCGGCUGCCAGCCACAGGUGGCUAUGCCAUCUCGGCCAUGUGUGGCAUGUACGGGGCCGCCCUGUGCAACAGCCAGCACUGGCUGGACUACCAGGGGGACCCCAGCAAUGGCCUGGCUCCCUUGGCCAUCGCCUUCCAGCUGAUACCGCCGGGCGGCCCUGAGACCAUCGAGGGCGGCAUCGUGCCCUUCAGUGCGACCGCCUGGAAGUGCAGCGAGGCCGUGAACAGCAGCCUGGGAGAGAGGUGCUCCUGCCCGGAUUGCUCCCAGUCUUGCCCUGCUCUCCUGGCCCCUCAGCCCACCCAGCCACCCUUUAAGUUAGGGGACGUCGACGGGGCCCUUGUCCUCUGCUCCCUCCUCUUCUGCCUCCUGGCGGUGCUCUUUGGGGUCUUCUUGCUGUGCCAAAGCUGCCGUGCGCGAAAGAAGCCGAAGGAGGGCAAAGGAAAGCGGGCCACGGCUGCCAGGCCAACUUGCUCUGAGAAGGCGAGCCAGGCCACCCAUGACUUCCUGGCCAAGGCCUUCAGCUCCUGGGGCAGGUGGGUGGCCUCCCACCCCAUCACGGUCAUUGUCGUCUCUGUCGUGGUGGUGGUCUUCCUCUCGAACGGGCUGCUCAAAAUCCAGCUCACCACCGACCCGGUGGAGCUCUGGUCUGCCCCGGACAGCCAGGCCCGUCAGGAGAAGGACUUCUACGACCAGCAGUUUGGGGCUUUCUUCAGGACCAACCAGAUCAUCCUGACGGCCAAGAACCUCCCCAACUACACCUACGACUCCCUCAUCCUGGGCAAGAAGAACUUCAGCGGGAUCUUGUCCAUGGAGGUCCUGCUGGACGUGCUGGGGCUGCAGACGAGGCUGCAGGGCAUUGAGGUCUGGUCUGAGAAGCACGGCAGGAACAUCUCCCUGAAGGACGUCUGCUACGCCCCCCUGAACCCCCAGAACGCCACCCUCCCUGACUGUGCGGUGAACAGCCUUCUCCAGUACUUCCAGAACAACCAGAGCCGCCUCGAGAUGACAGCCAAUCAGACCGUGAGCGGGCAGACGGGCACCGUGGGCUGGCGGGACCAUUUCCUCUACUGUAUCAAUUCCCCUCUGUCUUUCCAAGACAUCACAGCCCUGGAGAUGAGUUGCAUGGCAGAUUAUGGUGCCCCCGUCUUCCCCUUCCUGGCCGUGGGGGGCUAUUCAGGGGAGGAGUAUUCGGAAGCGCAGGCCCUCCUCCUGACCUUCUCCCUGAACAACUUCCCCCCCAGUGACCCCCAGUCUGACUUUGUCCUGCUGUGGGAGGAACAGUUCCUGAAGAUUGUGCAGGAAUUCCAGCAGGAAUAUGCAGACCGCUACACGGUCGCCUACAUGGCUGAGCGCUCCCUGGAGGACGAGAUCAACCGCACCACCUGGGAAGACCUCCCCAUCUUUGCCAUCAGCUUCCUAGUCAUCUUUUUGUACAUCACCUUCGCCUUGGGAGAGUACUCCAGCUGCCGGCUCGUUCUGGUGAACUCCAAGGUGACCCUGGGCGUGGGAGGCAUCCUGGUGGUGCUGGGGGCUCUGCUGGCCUCCAUGGGCUUCUGCUCCUUCGUGGGGCUGCCCUCCUCCCUCAUCAUCCUGGAGGUGGUGCCGUUUCUGGUGCUGGCCGUGGGUGCGGACAACAUCUUCAUCUUCGUGCUGGAGUACCAGCGGUCUGAGCCCCUCGCUGGGGAGACCCCAGAGCAGCACAUCGGCCGGGUCUUGGGGGACGUGGCCCCCAGCAUGCUCCUCUGCAGCCUUUCGGAAAUCAUCUGCUUCUCCCUGGGCGCCUUGUCCCCCAUGCCUGCCAUCCGGACCUUUGCCCUGAACACGGCGGUGGCCGUGCUGUUUGACUUCCUGCUCCAGAUGUCUGCCUUUGUCGCCCUGGUGGCCCUGGACUCCCGCCGGCAGAAGGCCUCCCGCUGUGACGUGUGCUGCUGCGUCCGCCUGAAGACCGGGGCUCCGGCGAAGCGGCAUGCAGGUUUCCUUGGCACCUUCAUGCGCCGAUACUAUGCCCCCUUCUUGCUCAGCCAUGUGGUCCGGAUCCUGGUGGUCCUGCUCUUCACCUUCAUGUUCUGUGCCAGCAUCUUCCUGAUGGUCCAUGUCCAGGUGGGGCUGGAGCAGGAACUGUCCGUGCCUCAGGACUCUUACAUGCUGCAGUACUUCCAGUACAUGAACCAGUACCUCAUGGUUGGGCCACCCGCCUACUUUGUCACCACUGGGGGCUACAACUUUUCCACCGUGCCCGGCAUGAACGGCGUCUGCUCCAGCUCCGGCUGCAACGACAACUCCUUAACCCAGUUGAUCCAGUACGCCACCCAGUUCCCGCAAGAGACCUUCCUGGCCAUCCCAGCCUCUUCCUGGGUGGACGACUUCAUCGACUGGCUGAACCCCUUCUCCAUCUGCUGCCGCAUCCAUAGUUCUGGCCCCGACCAGGGGGAGUUCUGCCCCUCCACAGACCCCUCCUCCUCCUGCCAGCUCCAGCGAUGCAUGCGCAUCCCCAGCGGAGCCCUCCGACCCUCUGUCGAGGAGUUCCACCGGUUCCUGCCCUGGUUCCUCCAGGACAAGCCCAACCUGAAAUGUGCCAAGGGGGGCCUGGGAGCCUAUGACACCUCAGUGCGGCUGGGGCCAGAGGGGGAAAUUACAGCAUCCCGCUUCAUGGCCUACCACAAACCCCUGAAAAACUCAGCGGAGUACACGGCAGCUCUGAAGGCCACCAGGGCGCUGGCCGCCAACAUUACGGCCACCAUGCGACAGGUGCCAGGCACGGACCCCAGCUUCCAGGUCUUCCCUUACAGCAUCACCUACGUGUUCUACGAGCAGUACCUGGACAUCCCUCUGGUCGGCUUCUUCAACGUGGCCGUCUGCCUGGCCCCCACCUUCAUCGUCUGCUGCAUCCUUCUGGGGAUGGACCUGCGCUCGGGCCUCAUCAACCUGGUCACGAUCCUCAUGAUUGUGGUGGACACUGUGGGGGCCAUGACCCUCUGGGGCGUCUCCUUCAAUGCCCUCUCCCUCAUCAACUUGGUGGCGGCAGUGGGCCUCUCGGUGGAGUUCGUGUCCCACAUCACACGGGCCUUUGCCGUCACCGGCGGCCCCAGCAAAUUGGCACGGGCCAAAGAAGCCACGGUCUGGAUGGGCAGCGCCGUGUUUUCUGGGGUGGCCAUGACUAACCUGCCUGGGAUCGUGAUCCUGGCCUUUGCCAAAGCCCAGCUGGUCCAGAUCUUCUUCUUCCGCCUCAACCUCAUCAUCACCCUCCUGGGGACGCUGCACGGCCUCAUCUUCCUCCCCGUCUUGCUCAGCUAUUUCGGGCCUGACAUCAGGCAGUCGGUGAUGCUUCAGGCGCAGUCGAACAAGCAGCAAGAAGGUUUACGAGAAGCACAGCCCCGGAAGAGCAGCUCAAGCAACAGCCGGCGCCCGACGACGGCCCCAGCCUCCUUCAGGGUGGCCCGAGAAGAGCAGCUCUGAGCAGGCUGGUCAGCUGCUGCCUUGGCAGCAGGGGCUGGUGCCUCAAUGCCCCUUGGCAGCUGGGCCGUCUGUCUGCCUGUGUCUGUGUGCGAGCCCUGCUCUCCUUGGAACAGCAAAAGAACCACAGCAGCAGAACGGGACAGCAGUUGUGAGGGACACAGCGUGUCUGUGAUGUGGGUGCGAAUGUGUGUGUGUGUGUGUGGGGGGAUGGAGGACCUGCAGGUGGCUGUGUGCACACGCACACACGCCUAUGGCAGAUCCUCCUUUCACCCACCCACACAUUCAGAAAGAAGGGUGUUUGGAUGCCACACACCUUUGUUUCUAUGAAGUCCUCAAAGCGGCUGCUGGCCCACAGGUACUCUGAGCAAAAGGGCCCCCCCACCCUUCUUGUUCCCCAGCUGCCCAGAUCUGCCCAAAGACCUGCGUACGCCAGACUCCAGGACCACCAGAGCUUGUGCGCUUGGGCGACGUAUUUUAUUUUUUCCUGCUGUGCUCUCCUCCUUGUGCGAGACAGAGGCACAGGCUGGAGGGACAGCACGUAUGCACUUUGCCGGCUCUGAGCGAAAGCUGGCCGGCCACCUUUGGGAGCACAAGAUGAGCGAGAACGAAAACCUGUGAAAUAAACAUGGAUGAGGAUGCCUUCUUUUCGUUCACUCUGUUUUUUGUCUGGCCGGCUCCUGCCCCAUCUGGCAGCUCCUGAUCACACACCGAUCCUCGGCAGGUGCCAGCCUGGCUUUCUCACCACCCAGUGCAGUUUCUUCCCCCCCCCCCCCAGAACACCCCUCCUUCCUUCAAAAGGCAAAGAGAGCAGGCCGGCCUGCAGAUUGGUUCUUCUCUUUCUCAUUCACACAGGUCAACGGAUGCAGGCAUGCCUCUCUGUGUGAAAUGGCAUCUUUAAAUAACCCCUGUCUUACCCCCAAAGGAGAGGAAUGUGCGCCCUCGAAUCCAUUGUGAAAGGGACAGGGCAGCAGAUCUCCCAGAGGCAGGCAGGGAGGGCAGAAGGGACCGAGUGGGAAAGUGUUCCUUUCCCUCAUGAAAUGAGUGAAUAGGCGACCUUCACAUCCAGGGGGCUGCCUGGCCCUGCCUAGCCAUGGGCGAGGAGUGAAGGCAGGGGCAGUCCAAUACUGUAGCACCUUGAGGGCCACCUGCCCCGUAGGGGUCGCUUCCACGUCUGGGAUCACCCCCAAACACUGGCAUGCACGUGGCACUGAGGGGGGGGGCUCCUUGCCCGGUCCUGUGUGAGAGGCGGAGGGGAAGCACGGAAGGCAAAGCAAGGGGCGGCUGCUUAGGGCCGCCCCGCUCUCUCUCCUGCCCGCGCCCCCAAAGAGAGAGACCACAGUCCCUCAGCUAGAGAGGAAGGAAGGAAGAAAGGAAGGAAAGGGAAUGGAUGGAUGGAUGGAAGGAAGGAAGAAGAAAGAAAAAGGAAGGAAGGAAGGAAGGCGUACCCCACCGCCACGCCCAUGCAGAAUUCUAGCAAGGGGGACGACACCCCUCAACUCCCCUUCUUAUCCGUCGGACCGGGCCUCGACACGGUAGGGGGCAGUUUUGUCCGCUCCCCCGCCCCCCGGAACCGACGGAGCCGGAGCUUGGGGAAAAGGAGAGGCCGGCGGCGAGCGCCAGGCUUGCUCCGGGUGGCGUCCGGAGCCCUCCCUUCGCGAUGCUGUGCCUGCAGGGGGGCGGGGCGGGGCGGCGUCCUUCCCGCCCCGUCGGGAUUCCGGCCUCAAGGGCCAAAGCAGCAAAGCAAACGGCGGCGGGUGUGUGCGUGUGUGCGCGCGCGUCGG